AUGAAGCUGGAAGUAGACGCUCCUGAAGUACUUAAACAGGUCGUGGCCGGAUCAGAAGAACGUUGCAGCAAGAUGGAACCUCGCCGCACAUCAAGCGUCUACUCCGACACCUUCGAGCUGGAUGACCUGCUUCUGAGGCUUACGAAGCAAGCUGAAGAGGAGCAGGAUAUGGUCAUCGACAUCUUAUGGCAGGAGGCUAUGGCACUCUAUUGCGAGCUCAGGACGACGCGGCAGCUUCGGGGAGUCAUUGUCGGCUUCGUACAUGAGCUCGUGGACCUGGUCGAUCAGCUGGAAGAUCUGCUCAGAAAGUCUCAGUCGCACAUGGAGCAGAGAAGGGCGAAGUACUUGGCCAAUUGCACCACAUUCUAG